CGAGAGCAAGCCCGGCUGCUUUCGGCUGCUUUGCUAGCCAAUGGCACAAAGACUUCCUGGAGACCGCGCCGCGUCUAGAAUAAAGGUAGGUCUCUGGAACCUCGCAAUCGACGCCCGAAAAGCUCUCUUCUCCCUCCCAUCGCCCCCCUCCCUUCCUCAAACACCACUGCGGCAUGGUGACUUGCUAUCAAGCCCAGAGACGGGCUCAAAAGCCAACACCACCAAGGACACCGGCGAGCCCACCGAGCGCCGCAUCGAGGUCGAGGCUAGGAACAAUUUCUUCGGCAUCGUCGUCGUCGUCGUCGUCGUCGUCAUCAAGAAAAGGAAGUUCGAGGGUGUCGUUGUCGUCAUCGUUGUCGUCGUCGUCUCCGCCGAUGGCGCCGAGGGUGUUCUGGCUAACGGCCACGACCCCGUUGACCCCGGGAUCGACCAAGCCCGGAUCAACGGCGGGAUCAACGGCGGCAGUGCGGCCGCUGACCGGGUCUUGGGCUAGAGCUAUUCCCAGUAGGAAAGCUAGGACGUGAAUGAUAUUCAUUGCAGCGGGCUUCGGAGAUGGAAGAACUCAAGCGAAUCGGCAGAGCUUCCAACGAACGAUGACUUCCGGCUGCCUGAGGUCGACCAGAGGGAGCUGAUCAGGCCUAUUUAUCGAGACAAUGUAUGUAUUGGGCCUGGACAUCGGAAGUUCUCGGGAUUCCCCAGUCGGGAGGAUCAAGCCUUUCAUUGGGGCGAUCAUUGAUUUCCGUAAGUAGACUCUUCCGUUGCAUCGAGC